UUUUGGUUUUGAGAUUAUACGAAAACUAUGUACAUACAUAGUUCUAAAGUUUUCUUGGAAACCUGUUCUAAAUAAAUUGGUUUUAUCUAAAUCUAAACCGGUUCCCCCAUUUUGCUAAGACUCUGGGAAGAAAGGCAUUACCAGAAUAUGUAUGUAUGUAUGACUCAACCGCUACGGUAAAAAUUUGUUACCGAGUAGUAGUAAGUUUCUUACCAUGUCAGUAAUUUACUUCGCGGUUGCUUUAUUACCAGCCUGGCAGUAGCACGCACACAGUAGCAAAUUUUUACCGUGGCGGUAGAAUCGUAUACUCCGCUCGGUAAUUCCUUGAUUAUUCGAAGUUUUGAUGUAUACAACCCAUUACGUGUAUUUCAUCAUGUGUCAUGUGAUAAACUCGUCAGAAAUUUUUUUCUCAAACUAAAGCAUAAAUAUUCGUUUAUACUUCUCAUCGUCAUGCACUCCUCCAAAUCCGAUUUGUUGAUUGGUUAAAAAUUUGUAUUUUCCUGGCAAUCUUAUUGAAUAGCCAAUCAAACCAUGGGAUUGGGAGGAGGGCAUGAUGACGACGUGAAGUAAAAACAUUGCUUAAAUGUACUCUAAAUUUUACAAGGCAAAAUUUAGCAAAUUAUUUGCAAAACCGUUUUAAACCCGGUUUUAGAUGCCCCAAACAUAACGAUCCGUGUACAGCAGGUAAUGAAAGAUAUGACGGAAUUUAUAUGAGUGGAAUAAUACAAAUGUAGGUACAUAGAUAAAUAUUUAAGCUGGGUGAUUCUAGCUUUCGUUGUUUGCAAUUGGAGAUUUUGUACAUUCUGUGGCAAAAAAUGUACAAAAUUUAAUUUUUAUUUAAUACCAGUACUAGAGUGCGAUUACAAAAGAAACUUUUAGAAAAUGUAUUUAUUCAUAUGGAAGAAAAAUUGCCACUGAAUUGAAAAGCCGUAGUUUUGUAGUCCAUGCGAUUAGCUACCCAAAUCAGAAAACCGGAAGUCGAUAUCUCGACUAGUUCAAAAAUGAGAACAAAAAAUCGGGAACAACUCGCAAAAAAGAUUUGCCACUACUACGUAAACGUGUGCGAGCGCGUCCGGAAAAUGGUUUAUAGCUAUUUCAAAAAUGAAAAAAUUUAUAUAGGGGCAAUUUGCAGAGUUUUAGAUAUGUAUGAGGUGAGCAGGAAUGCUGAAUUCAAAAAAUUAAAAAAUCGUCCUGCUCGUGUAGCGACCCCCAAAGUGACACGUAGACUACAGCAGGAAUGACAAAAUAACCUUGGAAUAUCAGAUGGUAAUUUGGGCUACAAAUUGAAAACAGCAAAAUUAAGUCUACAUGCCGUUAAACCUACGAAGUUGGGGGUCAAAUCCUAUAGGGCGACACCUGCACCAAAGUACAACCAAGGUCAGCAAAAAAGAGCGAAGCACAACUCUCGGCAGAGUGCUGAAAAAUGCGUCAAACAAAACAUGCCCGUGAUUCUGGUCGUGGAUGAUGAGACCAAGUGCUCGAUUGAUCCAGAUCAAGUCCCUGGGAGGAAGUACUACUCGUGUACUAAUAAAAAAACGUUUAAAUAUUCCUUCAAAUACACGCCGAAGUCAAAAUUCCCCACAAAGCACAUAAUCGGGCACGCAUUGGACUCAUUGGGGGACGUCUCAAAGCCGUUCGUGACCACAGCUACCAUGACCUCGGAGAGAUAUCUGAACGAUUGUGUAAAGAAGAUCUUGAUCCCCUUUAUCAAUAAUCGUAAUGUACUUUUCUGACCGGACACAGCAACAUGUCAUUCUUCAAAAGUUAUUCAGGAUUACCUGCGGUCGAAAAAAAUCGAUUUUUUGCAAAAAAGGAAUAUGCUCCCUACGUCCCUCGGGCAAGACCAAUUGAACGAUGUUGGGCAUUAUGCAAGUGAGAAUAUAGUUGUCGAACAAAACCACCCAAAAACUAGGUAAGAUUCCGUUACAUUUGGACACACACCUCAAAAGAGGUAGCGAGAAAGAGUGGCAAAGCACUUCUGGGGGCCGCGAGACAAAAUAUUCGCCAGAUAGGAAGGAUGGGGGUCUAUGGACGGAAUGAAGCAAAAAAUUGAACGCUAAGGACCUUGUUCUUAACCCCUAAAAAUGUAAUUGGAAUUAAUUAAGUGUUCCGGAUUUUACAGGAUUUUUUUCAAAAGUUUCUUUCUUUUGUAAUCGCACUCUAAUUCAUUUUUGUCCUGACUAUACCCUCCCCAUCCUUGAUAUGGAACAUUUAGAAAGAUUGAAAGCAAUUCAUGAUACCGGGUCGUUCUUCGAAUUCAAGAAUUCCUUACUGAGCCUAAAAAGUCAGUCUGCUGUUGACCCAGGGUUAAACUAUGGUUUACUAGUCGCCAGGCUGCUCGGUCACGUGGGCACAACUAAUCCCGCAUUUUCUAAGGAUGACAUUCAUUUGGACAAAGAACGCUUUGCAGAGUUUGAAAUUUUAAUUGGAGAAAGCACAAAUCUAAAUUUCCUCGAUGCUGGAGAUGGUCAAUCCAUUUUGCACAAACGGGCCAAAAUUGGCUGCCUUAAAAGCGUUUUGUUUCUGUUAAGUAGAAAUGCAAGUGUUAAUUUGGUUUCGACAAGUGGGGAUUAUCCGAUUCAUUUAGCAGCCGAGUCUGCUCAUGCAGAUUCGCUCCAAGUUAUUAAGGCCAUGGUGCUAUUUGGAGCCGACGUAAACACCAUAAACCAUGAGGGAAAAUCUGCAAGACAUAUUGUAGCUGAAAAUCCAAAGCAUGCCGAAAAUGGGAGCAAACUUUUUCGUAGCUUGGGAGCAAAAAGUUGCCCCGAAAACAGUGAAUUCCUCUGCUCACACAAUUGUGAUGGGAGCAAACGGACAGAAAAUGAGCUGAAACUGAAUUAUAAAGAAGGCCGUGAAUUUUCCAAAACUGGAAAUUAUUUUCCAUCGACUAAUCCGAAAUCUUUAUGUGUGCUAAGUUUGGAUGGUGGUGGAAUUCGUGGACUAGUGCUGACUCAAAUGCUUUUAUUUCUCGAACAGUAUACUGGCAUAGAAACAAGUGAUAUUUUCCAAUUCUACGCUGGAAAAGUACCGGCGGCAUCCUGGCGUUGGGUUUAA